AUGCGCAGGGGCAAGUGGAGCAAGCAAGAGGACGAGCAGCUGCUCAGGCACUACCGCAAGUGGGGCAACAGCUGGACCAAGAUCGCGCAGUUCAUCGGCGGGCGCACCGACAACGCGGUGAAGAACCGCUUUGUGACGCUGUGUGAGAUGGGCCUCGUGCACCGCAAGCCCGGCCGCUCCGCGCGCCGCGGCUCGCACGACGACGACUACGACAGCAGCUGCUCGAUGGAGUACGAGGAAGACGAGGAGGCGGACGGCGACGAGGACGGCAGCCGGGGCGGCGGCAGGGGCGCCUGUGAGGGUGUGUACGGCGACGACGAGGGCUACGAGUCGUGCCACGACACGUUCACCGGCGGCACUGAGUCUGAGUAUGCGAUGGAAGACGAGGGCGGCGCCGCCGCGCGGUCGCACUCGCCGAUGCGCGCGCCGCACGGGGCGCGUUUCGGCGCGCACGCCCCAAGCUCCUCGGGCACCAGCUGCGGCACCGCGCACCACCACGGCGGCGCCGGCGCCGCGGCGCACUCGCGCUUGGGCUCGCCGAUGCGCCACGACGCCGCACCUUCUUAG